ACCUGUCUGUGAGCUGAGCUCCAGCCUCCGGUGAACGUCACACGUUGGGGAAGUCCGUCACCGCGGCUGUUGGACCUGCUGCAGCUUUCGAGGUUCCGAUCGGUUCCAUUUUUUUUUAUUUAGGUUCAAACUGAGACUGUUAACGUCGGGCUCUAAACCAAUUGUCGAUCAACGAAAACGCUUUGGAUUUUAACUGUCUUUAUACUAAUCCCGGAAACCCGUCAGUAAAGCGAAAGUUGAGAGAGUCGAGAUGAGCGUGGAGGCGUACGGGCCGAGCUCCCAGACCCUCACCUUCCUGGACACCGAGGAAGCGGAGUUGCUCGGAGCGGACACCCAGGGCUCGGAGUAUGACUUCACCGACUUCACCCUUCCCAGUCAGACGCAAACUCAAGGGCAGACACAGAGCCAGCUGGACAGCCAGGUAAAUGGUCCCGAUGAGGGUCUUCACAACGGUGGAGUGGAUGAUUCCGUGGCCAAAGCCAGCCAACUGUUGGCCGAGCUGAACUUUGAGGAGGAUGAAGAGGACACGUACUACACCAAAGACCUGCCCUUGCACGCGUGCAGCUACUGUGGUAUCCACGAUCCAGCGUGUGUGGUGUACUGCAAUACCAGCAAGAAGUGGUUCUGUAAUGGGCGUGGCAAUACAUCCGGCAGCCAUAUUGUGAACCAUUUGGUGAGAGCGAAAUGCAAAGAAGUGACUCUGCAUAAAGAUGGGCCGCUGGGCGAAACCGUGCUGGAAUGUUACAACUGCGGCUGUCGCAACGUCUUUCUCCUGGGCUUCAUCCCAGCAAAGGCUGAUUCUGUGGUGGUGCUACUCUGCAGGCAGCCCUGUGCCAGCCAAAGCAGCCUGAAGGACAUCAACUGGGACAGCUCGCAGUGGCAGCCGCUGAUCCAGGACCGAUGCUUUCUGUCCUGGCUGGUGAAGAUCCCAUCAGAACAGGAGCAGCUUAGAGCCCGUCAGAUCACGGCCCAGCAGAUCAACAAGUUGGAGGAACUCUGGAAGGACAAUCCCACUGCCACCUUGGAAGACCUGGAGAAACCUGGAGUAGAUGAGGAGCCCCAGCAUGUACUGCUGCGUUACGAGGAUGCUUAUCAAUACCAAAAUAUAUUUGGCCCUUUGGUCAAAUUGGAAGCUGACUACGACAAGAAGCUUAAGGAGUCACAGACUCAAGAUAAUAUAACAGUUAGGUGGGAUCUGGGGCUGAACAAAAAGCGGAUUGCCUAUUUCACUCUUCCUAAGACGGAUUCAGGUGGUAAUUCUCUAAACUUUCCUUCCUCCCAGUGGUUCUGUGAUAUGCGGCUGAUGCAAGGUGAUGAGAUUUGUCUGCGGUACAAGGGAGACCUGGCCCCGCUGUGGAAGGGCAUCGGUCAUGUCAUCAAGGUCCCAGACAACUAUGGAGAUGAAAUUGCCAUUGAGUUGCGGAGCAGUGUUGGAGCACCUGUGGAAAUCCCCCACAACUUCCAGGUGGACUUUGUGUGGAAGUCGACUUCCUUUGAUAGGAUGCAAAGCGCCCUGAAGACGUUUGCGGUGGAUGAGACCUCAGUGUCUGGCUACAUUUACCACAAACUCCUGGGGCAUGAAGUCGAGGAUGUCACCAUUAAGUGCCAGCUGCCAAAGCGCUUCACUGCCCCAGGCCUUCCUGACCUCAAUCACUCACAGGUGUAUGCUGUGAAGACGGUGCUUCAGAGACCUCUUAGUCUGAUCCAGGGGCCUCCUGGCACUGGGAAGACCGUCACCUCUGCCACGAUUGUGUACCACUUGUCCCGACAGGGCAACGGACCAGUUUUGGUGUGUGCUCCCAGUAACAUUGCUGUGGACCAGCUGACUGAGAAGAUCGAUAAGACUGGACUGAAGGUUGUCAGGCUGUGUGCCAAGAGCAGGGAGGCCAUCGAGUCCCCUGUGUCUUUCCUUGCUUUACACAACCAGAUCAGCAACAUGGACAGUAUGCCGGAGCUUCAGAAACUACAGCAGCUAAAAGAUGAGACUGGCGAGCUUUCGUCUGCUGAUGAGAAACGCUACAGGGCUCUGAAGCGCACUGCUGAGAGGGAGCUGCUCAUGAAUGCUGACGUAAUCUGCUGCACUUGUGUCGGAGCUGGAGACCCUCGUCUGGCCAAGAUGCAGUUCCGUUCGAUCCUGAUCGAUGAGAGCACCCAAGCCACUGAGCCCGAGUGUAUGGUGCCCGUGGUGUUGGGAGCAAAGCAGCUUAUUCUGGUGGGUGACCACUGCCAGUUGGGUCCUGUGGUGAUGUGUAAGAAGGCGGCUAAAGCAGGUCUGUCGCAGUCCCUGUUUGAGCGCCUAGUGGUCCUGGGGAUCCGGCCGAUCCGCCUGCAGGUCCAGUACCGUAUGCACCCGGCUCUCAGUGCCUUCCCCUCUAACAUUUUCUACGAGGGAUCCCUGCAGAAUGGCGUCACUGCAGCUGACCGCAUCAAGAAGGGCUUUGAUUUCCAGUGGCCACAACCAGACAAGCCCAUGUUCUUUUACGUUACUCAAGGUCAGGAGGAGAUUGCCAGCUCUGGAACCUCGUACCUUAACAGGACUGAAGCUGCCAACGUGGAGAAAAUCACCACCAGGCUGCUGAAGGCGGGAGCCAAACCCGAUCAGAUCGGCAUCAUCACCCCGUACGAGGGUCAGCGCUCCUACCUGGUCCAGUACAUGCAGUUCAGCGGCUCCCUGCACACCAAACUCUAUCAGCAAGUGGAAAUUGCCAGCGUGGAUGCCUUUCAGGGCAGAGAGAAGGACUUCAUCAUCCUGUCUUGUGUUCGAGCCAACGAGCACCAGGGAAUUGGCUUCCUGAACGACCCUCGCCGUCUCAACGUGGCGCUGACCAGGGCCAAGUAUGGUGUCAUCAUUGUGGGCAACCCCAAGGCGCUCUCCAAGCAGCCACUGUGGAACAACCUGCUGAACAACUACAAGGAGCAAAAGGUCCUCGUGGAGGGGCCCCUAAACAACCUGAGGGAGAGCCUCAUGCAGUUCAGCAAACCCCGCAAACUGGUCAACACCAUCAACCCUGACAGCUACCUGGGUGACGAGUUCAAGUCCCAAAUCGACGUGGCUUUGUCCCAGGACUCGACCUACCAGGGUGAACGUGCGUACCAGCAUGGCGGCGUGACUGGACUGUCGCAGUACUGAAG